AUGUACCUGAUAACCUUGUUGGCCAAUAUUAGUGUCCUGCUAACCAUUAAAAGAGAGGAGAGCCUCCACCAGCCCAUGUACCUCUUCCUUUCCAUGUUGUUAUUAACUGACCUUGUCCAGUCCAAUGCUACCCUUCCCAAGAUGCUCCUGAUCUUCUGGUUCAACCUCAACGAGAUCUCCUGUGAGGGUUGCCUGGUUCAGAUGUUCUUCAUCCAUUCCUUCUCUAUCAUGGGCUCCUCCAUCCUCUUGGGUAUGGCCUUUGAUCGCUAUGUUGCCAUAUGCCAGCCCCUGAGAUAUUCCACCAUCUUGACCAACCCCCUGAUCACUAAAAUUGGAGUAAUAGUGGUCGUAAGAGGAACUCUUCUGAUAUUUCCACUUCCUUUCCUGAUCUGGAGAUUGCCGUUUUGCAAAAGCCAUGUGAUCGAGCAUGCCUAUUGCGAACACAUGGCAGUGGCUAAACUGGCCUGUGCAGACGUCAGAGUUAAUGUUGUGUAUGGGUUAGCAGUCGCUCUGUUUGUAGAUGUAGUAGAUAUCAUGGGCAUUACAGUGUCAUACAUCAAGAUUGUAAUUGCCGUCUUCAAACCUCCCAUCCCGAGAGGCCAGACGUAA